GGCGCGGGCGCUCAGCGCGCGCCGCGGACCGGGCGCUGCGGCCAUGGCUCCGCCUCUGGCGCCCGGGCGGGAUCGUGCGGGCCGGGAGGAGGAGAACGGCUGGGAGGCGCGAGGGGACCGCAAGGCCCGGAAGCCCCUGGUGGAGAAGAAGCGGCGCGCACGGAUCAACGAGAGCCUGCAGGAGCUGCGGCUGCUGCUGGCGGGCGCCGAGGUGCAGGCCAAGCUGGAGAACGCCGAGGUGCUGGAGCUGACGGUGCGGCGCGUGCAGGGCGCGCUGCGGGGCCGGGCGCGCGAGCGCGACCAGCUGCAGGCGGAAGCGAGCGAGCGCUUCGCCGCCGGCUACAUCCAGUGCAUGCACGAGGUGCACACGUUCGUGUCCACAUGUCAGGCCAUCGACGCCACCGUGGCCGCCGAGCUCCUGAACCACCUACUUGAGUCCAUGCCGCUGCGCGAGGGCAGCAGCUUCCGGGAUCUGCUGGGGGACGCCCUGGCCGGGCCGCCCGGAGCCCCUGGGCGGAGCGGCUGGCCCACGGGAGGGGCUCUGGGGUCGCCGCUGCCCAGCCCUCCGGGCCCCGGGGACGACCUGUGCUCCGAUCUGGAGGAGGCCCCUGAGGCUGAACUGAGUCGGGCGCCUGUUGAGGGGCCGGACUCGGUGCUCCCGGCCCUGGGCAGCCUGACUGCUGCCCGCAUAUCCCAGAGCAUCUGGAGGCCGUGGUGACCAGCCUGCCGGGGUGGGCCCAGCCUUCUCACUCUCUACUCCCUCCUCCCUGGGGUCCUGAUGUGAUGGGACAGGGUCCUCGAUGUCUCCCAGGUCUGCCUGCCCCCCUCCUCCAGCCUACGGUUUACAGGGCAGUCUGGGAGGACCAGCCCUGUCAGGCCCCUAGUCCCGUGUCUUGAGGAAGUAACUUUGUGGCCCCACAGCCCCGGGUUGGGUGGAGGGAGAGAGCCACAGGCAGGAGGAAAAAUCUUGCAGAGCUACCAGGGCUCUCGGAGUUCACGUGUCCCAGCCACUGUCCCAGGCACAGUGGGUCUGGGGGCAGAGGUGACCAGAGUGGUGCUGAGCCUCUCCUCAGUGCUGGGCACUAGCGUCCAGGCAGAGGGAGACCUCAGGCCCUGCCAGCCCUGGCCUGAGCAGAAGCUUGAACUUGCCACUUCAUCCAGGACACAGGGGGGAGGCAGGUGCCCACAGCUGCCGAGGAGCAGGAAGCCUGUCUGUAAGGCUCUCUGUAUGUCUUACAUUUAGCACACUUGAGUUUGUGUAUUAGGUUGCCAACAAAUGUUCCAAUUCUAUUAAAUAAAGGAUUUUGGAGAGUUAGUUAC